ACGUGACACGUCGGUGCGUUUGCGUUGUGUGUGUGUGUGUGCGUGUAUGUGACCCUGGCGUGAAGGAAGUGAAAUGAGCGGUUUAACCCAGCCGUGUGUGCAUCCCUCCACCGAAAACGUUUCGCAAGUGGUUUUGAAGUCAGUGUAUGUGUGUGUUCGUGUAAAAGUCAAUGGGGGGGUGGAGAUGGUGGACGGUUUUGGGGCACUGCAACAGGUUGAUGGAAAGUGAACGAAAAUUAAAUCAGCUGAGUGCGUGCUAGGCACGGGGCGCUGAGUGCGUAGAUUAGCUCGUCUCGUGCGCGUAAACUGGAAACGCACGGCACGGCUCUGUUGCGCUUGCUUGAUUUUCUGUGUGCUAAAAACGCAAUUACUCUUACAACAAACCCUGUCUCAUGCAAGCGUAGAGCAGAGAAGCAGCAUACCCCGUAAAAGGAAAACGCAGUUUGCGCGGUCCUCCCCGACCAACACCAACACAACGCACUUGGUCACGCAUACGCACUUUGCGCAACGGCUGCGUGAUAUGGACGGACAAAACGAGCCACUGUUUGUUUGCGUCUGUGUUCAAAUAAUCGGCUGCGUAUGGCUGCGUGUGCAUAGGAACGGCGACGACUGCAAGAAGAAAAAAGGGACACGGCAGCAGCGCCCUGCGUAUUGGGUAGCUGUCGCGUCGCUCUGUAUGUAUUCGGCCCUGCGUAUCACCUGUGCGCCUGCGCGCUGCGCACCACCAACUCGUCGCCAUAAGCCGUGGUGCGGUAGUGUGCGUGCGUCGUACGUCAUUGAAGCGGCACCAAUGUUUUUCGCGUACAGUCCACCACUACACAGAGCCAGAGACAGAGAAAGAACACUAUACCUCUCUCGCUCUCGCGCGCUCUGCCUUCUUCUACCUGUGCGCACAGCACCGGCGAAGGUUGCUUUGGUUGCUUUUUUCUUUCUCUCUUCCCUUUAUUUGUGUCAUCGCGUGGUGCGGUCGGGCGCGCACUUCGCUCUAGCGGUCAGUUUGUAUCGGAGCUUACACACACCCGUAUCGUGGCGAGGAGUGUGUACGGUUUUUUGCGUUCGCUGCCGAAAACAAGGAUUAGUGCUUAUCGUGCGACCGUGCAGUGAUAAGGCACACAUUUCGUAAACCUGCUUCCUCGCUGAUAGAUAAACUGCGAUUAAACUAGCUACAGUGAAAAUCAACCCAAGCCGCGCACUAGACAGAAGAGGGCAUUGUGUAGUAGAAGGGUGCCGUUUUGUUAUUGUUGUUGUGCUAUUCCUGUGUGGGGAACCUACUUGCUGCGAUUGACAGGUCGGCACAGGUUUAUCAGCACACAGGUGUAACCGAGGUAAUUGGAGCAGGUGAGCACACAGGUUUAGUUGUGUUCACCGGCUUUCCAGAUGUUUUAGAGCAGAAAAACGAGUGUAUGUGAAUAAGUCUGUCGUGUGUGUGUGUAUGUGAAAAUCAGCUCGAAACAAAGAUAACAAAGGUGUGCGUUGCUUGCCUAUCCUCCACAUUCAGCUAUGUGUGUAUGUGUGUGGUUCGAGUGGGCUCCGUGUCCUGACAGCUGAUGUAACUCCUUAAUCGAGGUUGCGUUGGUUUCCCAGUUUGAAGAGAGAGAAAGUGUACACAUGAAGAAAGUGUGUUAGUGCGCAGUUUUAUUCAAGCCAAAGUGAGCAAAAUAUUUUCGGUACACAAUACACAAAUACACAAUUCCGUGUGUCUCCUCCCUAGUGGUUGUGCGAUAGAGUGAUAACCUGAGAUUCCGACAGCACGUUGAGAUCCUUCAGCACUCUACUACCUGCAAUAUACAGCAGCUGUCAUCGUUAAUGGGCAGUUUAUCACCGUGCACGGUUUGACAGUGAAGGCACGAGAUUACUAAAGACCGCGGUGACUGAGGUGUAUCUCUCCAAAUAGGAUAUCAACUACAGCAAGGCUUCCGAAACCUAUGGUUGGCUGCACAUUUUCAUAUACCUAAAUGAGCCCAUCGAGGAUGGCAGAUUAUGGCGACUAAUCCUUUCAAGCAAGCGCCCGCAGUACCCAGCACGACCCAAAGCAGCAACACACCGCACAGUUACGAUGAACCGGACACACCGCCAUACUGUACGUACGCUUCCGCAGCAACACCGACCACAGGCAGCGGCGGUACGACGAGCGCGACCGACAGCAGCAGCAGCAGCAACAGUAUCCUGAAGCAGCGCGCGACCUGUGCCUGCUCGAACAUCAGCAUUAUGCAGCUGUUCCACGAGAUGAAGCAGAAGUACCCAACCGUACCGGACACGGUCGUGUCCGAGCUGGUGACGCAGAACUGUCACGAUCGGCCGGCCUGCAUCGGCAAGCUGGAGGAGGCCGUGCUGGGAACGCCCGCCCAAACGACCUACCCGGCACAGUCGAUACACAGUGGCAGCCUGAAGCGGCGCGAACGGAAGCUGGGCGGUGGCAACGGCCGGUCAGACGGCAGCUACAGCAGCAGCAACAGCAGCAGCAACAGCAGCCGGGAGAGCAGUGUCGACAGUAGCAGGCUACAGGGAACUGCAUGCCCCGCCACGUCGCCUCAGCAGCAGCAGCAGUACCAACAGGGAGCUUCGAUGGCCGGGAAUCACACUGGCUACAGUGAUAGUAGAUUUAUAGUAGAGAACCGAAGUGCUGCUGCUGGUGGUGGUGGUGGUGGUUCGCCUGCGAAUCGUCCUACCACGUUGGCCGUACGUCCACCGGCGGGUGGCUACUACGGUGGCGGUGGUCCGCGUACCACGCCACCACCACCGAUGCGACCGAACCGAACGGCACCACCGUGUCCACAGCCGUCGGGGCACAGCAAUGGUUCGCUGACGACUUCCACCAUCACGACGACGGCGAGCAGCAGUGCCGAGCUGGGCGAAACGGUGAACCUGCAGGUGAACGUGACCGUAUCGCCCAAGGCCGGCCCCGGGCCGGUAAUGAUCGGUGGGCAGCAGCGGCACACAUCGACGAUCUCGCUCCAACCGGAACCGCCGUACUCGCGGGAGCUCGCCCAAGUCAGCAGUACCUUCAGUGGGGGUGGUGGUGCUGCUGCUCCUACUGCUAUCGCUGGCACACCGGGAGGACCCGCCCGGGGUGGAUCGAAUGGGGGGCCUGCUGCCGCUAACGGCAACGGUGGCCGUAGCUCUACCUCCGUCAACCUUACCCUACGGCAGCCGACCGAUGGUCGACCGCGCACACCGAUCCACAUCCACGCCAGUCCGCUCAAGUAUACGGCGAAAAACUUUAACGCCCAGUCCGGCAUCCAGUCCAAGCUGGAGGUGACGUUUCGCGACGGGUUCGGGUCGUUCAGUGCGAUGCGCGCCCAGGUGCCGGGCUAUGAGCAGCAGAUGUCGAACAGCAGCAGCAGCAGUAGCCCGCAACGACUGCAGCCGGAACGGGAAGCGUCCGAUGUGUCGCUGCCGGACGGGCACAGUGGGUGGUAUCAUCAGUCGCCAGCCGCCAGUAGCAGCCGGGUGCCGCUACCGUACAUGCUUUCGGGCUUUCCGCCACCGCUCUGCUCCUCCUCGCCACUGCCGAACGUGUCGGCGGCACAUCAACUGCAGACUGGUCGGGGGGCGAUGGCUGCUUCGCUGUACGGUGAUGUUGGUCGGCUAGAGAACGAUGGACUGUCGAAGGAAAUGCGGUACCAGAAUUUCGUAGUUGCAGAGAUGGCUGUCUCGCAGCAGCUGGAGCAGAAGCAGCGGCUCAGCCUGGAGGUGGAGCGAAAGCGCACCCAGUUCGAGUCGAUCUGCCGGGAGAUCUUCGUGCUGCAGCAACCGCUGCGCUACAUCGACGCCGAGCUGCUCGACCGGGAGGUGCUGCUGCUGGCGGCGGAAGUCGAACAGCUGCAGAAGGAGGUGGACACGUGCGACGACGAGGAGGCGCGGGUGCAGGCUGCGGCCGCAGCCGGCACCUCAAUAACGGACGGGCUGACUGCGCUGAGCGUCGAGGGUGGUUCACCGCUGAUGCUUCCUACGUCGGUAGUGUCCGGCCCGGCGGUCAUGAAUCGCCCGCCGCGACCACCGCGACCACCGCCACCCCGCGCACCGACGCAAUCCCCGUCGCGGUCGGGUACGCCCGGCACGCCCCAUCUGUCUGCCACCGGGUUCGGCGGCACAUCGUCGUCGUCACCCGUACCGGCGACCCCGUCCUCCUCCUCGUCCUCCCCGUGCUCAACCGGCUCAUCGUCGUUCGCGUCGAACGGGGGUGCCGAGGCCGCCGCCGCCGCGAGCCGACUGCAACCGGGCGCACCGGCCGCCGGCCCCAAUCAACCCUGGACCUGCAGUCUCUGUACAUUCCAAAACCACGAACUAAUGCCCGCGUGCGAGGUCUGCUCGCUGCCGAAAGCAUCCGGUAGUAGAACAUCGGCCGGUGCGGCCACGCUCAGCAAUGGCACCGCCAGCCCGCCCGCCUUUCCGGUCGGGACCGAUGUGUGCGACGGUGGCGGCGGAGGUCCACGGGUUCACGCCGGUGCGCUAAUGCGCCGCCAGCAUCUGUCCGUUGAUACCGGGGUUGCGGCGGCUGCUGCUGCUGCUGCCGCUGCUGCUGUUGUCGUCGGUGCAUCGGUUGCGGGACCAUCGACUGCACCGCCGUAUCCGGGCAUUGCCGAAAUGGCUCCGCCGUCCUUCGCCUCCCUGACGGGACAUGGGAUCUCCUCCGCUUCAUCUCCCUCCUCCUCCACCUCCGUGUCGUUGCCUGCAGUAGCUGGCCAGCAACCACAACCCAUCCAGCAGCCACAGCAGCAGCAGCAGUCAGCGCAACAGCAAAACCAGCAGCAACCCAAUCCGCCACCGUUGCAGAGCGCCCCGUACCAGAAAUCAUCCAUCGAAUGCUAAAAAGCGCCUGCUCAGGAGUGCCAACCGCGCGCAGCCCUACUAACACACAAGCACAGAAAUCGCCUCUAUCACACACACACACAUACACUGGCCGCGUGCCACCCCUCAUGCAAGAGGAAAUGAGCUACCCCACACGCGCAAUAAGACAACAGCGCGGCCCCUUUGCAUGAGCGUUUUUGCCAAACUGCUGGUGCGCCUGAAACGUUUACCCAUGGGUGUGUCACGGUAGGGCGUGUGUGUGUGUGUGUGUUUGUAUAUUGCAUGCAGUUUUUAUAAGAGAAUGUGUGUGUGUGUGCGUGCGCGAUUUUGUUGUUUGCGAGUGCAGUUCACCUAACUCAAGUGCGAUACACAUCCGGUGUUGCUGAUAACUGAUUUCCUUACUUCCCCUCAAGUGGAUUGUGCCAGCAGGUUCACACCAAAAACAGCAUUGAUUGUUGUUGUGAUAAACUACAAGCAAAACAAAAAAAACCCGAUACCUGAAAGGGCGAUAGUGUGGCGAUAGAGUUAGUCGACAUUUAAUUAGCGUAAAUUAAACAUUAAUCAGGGCUGUCCAGGCUAUCACUAAAUUGUGUACGUAACGAUGGCCGCAUUUCAGGGAGCAAACGAGUAAUGCAUGAGUGAUGUUAGGCUUGUUAGUGUUAGAGGACACAGUUUUAGAACGAUCUUACCAUUACCGCAAUCAUUGCCGGUAACGCUAAUAUUGCUAAUAUAUUUAAACGCCAGCAUCACUAUUCCAAUCGGAACCACUACUCCUCUCGAGCGCGGCGUGAGUUGCGAGUUCGACUUUGCGGACAGCGCGUGGUGUGCGGCGCCGGCUUAAGCCCAAAGCACCGGCGCACCACGGUGGGGAGCAGGGAGCAAGAUCGUUUGUACAUCAUCAUCAACGAGCAACGAACAGGGGAAGCAUCACACGCACGGUACCGCCUUCUUUCACGUUUUGUUCGCCCCCAAAGGUGCGUUAUCAUGGCGCGUUUACGAUUAAAAAUAGAUUAUCACACAGCCACAGUGUCGCGCAGCGCGUACGCGUACCGGUUUAGCUGAACGUGCAAUGCCGCGCAGAAAGAGAGAGAGAGAGAUCGCCGACAGGCGAUGAUGGGCUGUGACGUGAUUUGUACCCGGUGGUACACGGGUAUGUUUGCCGUUUUAGACGCCAUCAAACGGGCGUAUCGAAUGCAUUUUGUCCCCCCCAACUUGCAUCCACUUGUCAGGCCGGUGUCUGGCGGUGUCUGGCGCUUUGAUGCUUGCAGCACACAUCGAAUGCGUAAAAGGGCACCGGCUACGGCUUGUGUUAGAAGUUUCGAUCUCGUUUUCCUCCCCCGUCCCGGUCACACGCCAUUGUGUCAUGGUGGCGUUGUUAGUGUCCUUUUUGUUGUUGUUGUUUGUUCUGCCAAAGCGAAAUUCGCGAUGCCGUAGCAACCCGCGGGCAAGGCGACCCAUUGGUGUCGGUGAUAGAUGCAUGAAAUGGGGGGAAAACACAGUAGGAACACCUACAAAGAACAGAUUUUUGUAGGUAGAUUUCUUACACGUUUCCCCACCCCCCCCCCCCCCCUCUCUCUGGCCGUUCAGUGUAAUAGCUAAUUUGGAUAGCCAACCUUUCCUAAACACACACACACAUUAUGCUUUCUGGUCAAUCAAUCCAUUCCCGGGCGCAGCAAUUUCUGCCGUGCCGAUCUUAUCGUAGUUUUUAAAUAUGUAUGAUAACUACUUAUUAUGUUGAUGUUAAAUAGAAAUGGAAUGUAUAACUA